GAAAAUCCGUUUGUAGUGAAAGUAUAGGAAAAUAAAUUAAAAACGACUGUAUUAUAGUUGUAUGGUAAGGAAGAUCUAAGGGGCAACAAAAUAUUAUCAAGUAUAUGUGUGUGUGUGUGUGAUAGCUAAUAUAACAGUAAAACAACUGGAAAGACGAUAAACAAAAUGAGUUUAAAUGUAUUUAUAGUUGAAUUAUGUCAUGUAACAUUAUUUUAGAGUGCAAUUAGUGACUAUAUUAAUUUGUUUUAGUCAUCACAACUAAACCCAUGUGCGGAUACUAUUUCAAACUUGAUGCAUAAAAAAUCUUUUUAUUAAUUUUUUUUUUACAUGUGUUUGUAUACAUCGACAUAUAUCCGUACAUCCAUCCAUAUAUAAACGCGCGCGCGCGUACAGGCACAAAGAGUGGGAGAAGCAUUGCUCUCUCUUGUGAUGGUUUCGAACACUGAAUCAGAUUCACCACAAAGUACAGUAUUUUCUCCUCCCGUCAGCUUCCAUUAUGUUACUUCAUGAACCCAUGGAUAACUACAGCCUUCCUAUCAGUGUACAGAAUUCGUCAUAUUUUAUGAUUAUUAGCAGUGAAUGUUACUUUCUUUUGCUCUCAGCCCUAAACUAGUGUCAUUGACUUAGUAAUGGAUUCCCCCAGUUACCUUUGUUGUUCCUAAAUAAACACUACUAUAUUUGAGUUUGAGUGACAUGUAGCUGAAAUAUUGUGAGUCAAACCACAAGGCAAAGGCAGAUAUCUUCUUUUCAGAGUGUCUGAUACCUGAUUAGAAGAAGGAAGGAAGUUAUCCCCAGAUCAAAAUCAUGAACCAAAUCUUUAAACAGUGAAUUCUAUUGAAAGCACAUUCAACCAGGAUGUGAUAUUAAACCAGGUUGCUUUUUACAUGCUUCCAUACCAGUUUCUACCAAGCAAAUUUCACUCACAAGACUUUGGUCAAGGCUAUGGUAGAGGACAUUUUCUAAAGGUGUCAUGCAGUGGGAUUGAAAUCAAAACCAUGUAGAUGUGAAAUAAACUUCUUAACCACUCAACUUUCAUUUGCACUGCAUCUUAAACAGUUGACAUUGUGACACUGGUAGCUGUUACCUCUUUUAUGGAGAUCAUACUACACAGCAGUGAUUACAUCCCAAAAGUUAAAAAAACUACUUCUUGAUUAUAAGAUCAUCAAGAUUGAACAUGCUGCAGUUCGGUCUUUGUGUACUGGUUCUAUCAAUGGGGAAACAACUCAUGGACAAGAAAACAUGUUAACUUUUGGUGACCUUGAAGAAGAUGUGAAACCGCUAAAUUUGGUUACUGAUGGUCAUCCAAUGACCACAACAGCAGCAACAGUUCAACAAACAGGGUGUGUUACAACAGCAGUUACAACACCCAGUGCCCAAACAAUACAUCAUAUCAUUCCUCAAUCCAUUUCCAUGCCUCCCACUGGUUAUAUCAUCCAAGGACAGUUUGGCCAGCAAACUGUGAUCCCCAUUUCUGCUAAUCUGUCCUCUGGACUUUCCCUCUCAACUCAUGAUCUUCAGCAACUUCAUCAACAACUUCAGCAACAACUUCAACAUCAACAGCAACUUCAGCAGCAACAUCAGGCAGCAGCCAAUGUUGUACAGGCAGCCUUAUUACAACAGCAACAGCAGCAACAACAACAACAGCAGCAACAACAGCAACAAUCUCCGACAGUGGCUACCGUGGUUACGCAAGCAUGUCAGAUUACACAGCAGCCUCAGCCACAACGUGUGCAAGCAGCCACAGUACAAACUUCUCCAAUUGUACCUAAAGCUCAAACACAAGUUACGUAUUCUACAGCUUCCACAGCACCUCAGGUUGUGACUACUACUCCUCCACAGCAAGCAACUCCAUACCAAGGAAUGCAGCAGUUCGUUCUGGUCAACCCUGCCCAACUACCUUCAAGCUUACAACCACAAUUCAUUUUACAGAAUUCGGGAAUUUCAAUGAUGACAGCAACUGCUCUUGCUGCAGCCCAACAGCAACAGCAACAACAGCAACAAGCAGCUGCAGCAGUAGCUGCAGCAGCAUCAGUUGUAACACAACCAGCAGUGAAUAUAGUUGGCCAAAGUGGAGGACAGGUAGUGAGUAGUAGUACAGCAGUUCAAUUAACAACAGCAUCACAGACAAUUAGUACCCAAUCAGUUCCUUCCAUCACAACUGCCACAUCACCGUCUACUGCUACUGUUAGUGCAAUGUCAGCUGGUUCAACUGGAACUAACACUACAAAUUUGACCUCAUCAAUCUUAGUGUCUUCCCCGUCACCAUCACAAGUCCCCCUUUCAAUCCAGGCUGAAGAAAGCAUCGACUUAGAAGAACUGGAGCAAUUUGCAAAGACAUUCAAACGUCGACGAAUAGAACUUGGUUUCACGCAAGGUGAUGUUGGUUUAGCCAUGGGCAAAUUAUAUGGACAUGAUUUUAGCCAAACUACAAUAUCCCGUUUUGAAGCUCUUAACCUCAGUUUUAAAAAUAUGUGUAAACUAAAGCCCCUUCUGCAGAAAUGGUUAGCAGAUGCUGAUUCUAUAUCCUCAAAUCCUUCUUCUGUUCCGGGUUCUCCUGUUACGGCAGAAUCCAUUGGUCGCCGGCGCAAGAAGCGGACCAGCAUAGAGUCAUCAAUUCGUGUAGCAUUGGAGAAGAGUUUUAUCCAGAACCCCAAACCAUCUUCGGAAGAGAUCUCAAUGCUGGCUGACAACCUCACAAUGGAGAAGGAAGUUGUUCGUGUCUGGUUCUGCAAUCGGCGUCAAAAAGAGAAGAGGAUAAAUCCACCCAGCUCACUGUCUGGGCCGCAACUGCAAAUCGUGCACAAUAUAACAAAUGCUGACCAUAACAUUGUCAGUGCAGUCCAACCACCCAUGACCUCUGCCCAAAUUAUGAAUAGUGUACUCUCUAAUGUGACAGCAGCAGCCAAUGGUCGCACCACUACAACUACUACAACUGCUACUACCACUACUACAGGCAGAGAAUAUGUGACUAAUACCAAUAACACCACUAUUACAACUACUCCCAACAAUGCUGUUGUUAAUACUAGUACAGCAAUGACGUCACUAGUAACAUCAAUCCCAACACUAACUGUAAGUACCCCACUGAACAUGAGCACAGGGACAAACCUGGUGCUUGCUGCCAGUCACACUGAACGGAAUUCCUCAUCAGUCAGUGAAGCUGGUACACACAUCACCACUACCUCACCUCCAUCAUCCACACAGUCACCAUCUUUUACCAUAGCUACCACUGCCACUUCAUCUUCUGGACUAACGCUUUCUCUUGGCACACAGUCGUCAGCUUCAUGUAAUCCGAACCACGUUUCUAUAGCAACAAGCUUAGACAGCCACUCGAGUGAAGUGUCAUAGCCAAGCUCUGCCUUGUACUUGACUUGAGCAACACUCACUAAUGAGAGUGUUUUAUAAUAUUGUUUGUCUGCCAGUAUGGAAGUUUUUCUUUUUUUUUUUUUCUGUAUUGAUGCAUGUCUGAGCAUUGGUGUAAAUGUGAAUGCUGCCACAUUCUGUGUGCAACCUUGUCUACCUCUUAACUACUUAACCACACAUUUGAACUAUUAGCUGUUGCUAUACACAUAGCACAGCUCAACAGUGCAGUACUCUAUCUUAUUACAACAAUACAAUACAGUACAGGUUUUCACAUUAUUCCAACACAUAUGUAAUAUAUAUAUAUAUAUAUAUAUAUAUAUAUAUAUAUAUAUAUACAUGCACAUAUACAUAAACAUGUGCAUAUGUAUGUGCAUGUUUAUAAGCACACACAUACAAACAAGAAAAAGUUAUUCAGUAUCUAGUUAAUAAUAAUAAUAAUGAUGAUGAUGAUGAUAACAAUAACAACAACAAAUGAAACAAAUUUUUACCUUUGUUUACUCCAAGUUUCCCCGUUACCUCAUUUAAAGCAACUGAUAUCUUUAUAUGAAAUUUACAGGCUGAUGUGGUCAAGAAAAUAUUGGUCAAAAUAGAAUUUAUAAAUACUAAGAUGCAAACGUAUAUAGAUGUUAGUUGAACAAGCUAUAUAUAUAUAAAUAUAUAUAUAUAUAAAAGAGUAAAAAACGAGGUAUACAUUUAAGAAGACAGAGUGAAAUCAAGAGAAAGAGAGAGAGAGCAGGACUGGGGGGGAAAGAAAGAGGAAGUGGAGAAAUAAGAGAAGAAAAUUGAAUUGUAACUUUAAGAAAAUAAUGGCUUAUAGGCUUGGUGGCUGUGUGGUAAGCAGUUUGCUUCCAAGCCAGAUGGUUCCUGGUUCAGUCUCACUGCAUAGCACUUUCGGCAAGUCUAUUGCCAUAAACCAACCAAAUCCUUGUGAGUAGAUUUGGUGCACCGAAACUAAAAGAAACCCAUCAUGUAUUGACACACACAUAUAUAUAUAUAUAUAUAUAUAUAUAUAUAUAUAUAUAUAUAUAUAUAUAUAUA